GGGCAACGGCAGCAACGGGGUCGCUCGUUUAACCAUUUCAUUUGUUUGACUUUUGCAUUUCGCUCAGUCCAUUUCGGCCAAGGACGAGGGCUUUGGGAGGAAACUGGGAUUGAGUUUGACUUAUUUUGCAUAAGCUGGCCGACGGUGUUUUCGACAACGAACUGCAAACCACUUCAUCUAGCCGCAAGACGCGCCCCAUCGUAGUGUCAAGUUGUUUGUCGAUAAUUUGGACCAGAUCUUCAAAAAGAAUACAAAAGCAACUAUGGCAGCACCACCACCUCCCAACUAUGGAGCCCAGCGUCCUCCAAUGAUGAAUAACCCGAACAUGAAUCCGCAUCAGGUCCGCCCAGGUCAAGGUCUUCCUGGCGGCCCCAAUGUCCACCCUGGCUUUCCAGGAGGACCGGGAGGUGCUCCACCUUUGCCUGCCGGACAGCCCGGUGUGGGUCAACCAUAUGGCCAACAUAUUCCACCGAACCGCGCUGGAACACCUCAAGGAUACCCUCCUCAACAGCCUGGAAUGCAACCGCAGCCGGGAGGCCCACAGCCAACAGGAUUCAAUUAUGGAAAUUACCCGCAGCCUAAUCGCCCUGCUCCAAAUUACCGUCCUCCAACUGGUCCAGGACACGCAGAUGGAAUGCCCCCAGCUCCCAGUCCAUCGAUGGGACAAAUGCCGCCCAUGGGAAAUGUGGCCCCCAUUCAACGACCUGGGAUGCCUCCUCCGCUUCGACCUCUGACUGGUCACGCAGCAGGCGUUCCAGGUAGUCCGAUGACCGAGUCUCCGACCGCGAGACUUCCACCCAAUUUCAUUCCGCCAAUCAGUGGUACACCGCCGCCACCCGGACCAGGCGUUGCUCCCCCUGGAACGCGUGCGGGAAGGCGUGCAUAUCCUACUGCCGAUCCAUACUCGAACCCAUCAGCGAUGAGUCCUAUGGGUGGUCCGUCACUUGAUCCUUUUUCAGCUCAACUUCCUUCUCCAGAGUAUGGGCGACCAGGGACACCCGCAACGGGAGUGCCUCCGUCUCCACUGCCAGCCCAGGCUCCGCAGUUCUUUAAUCCUGGUCAAGCAGGUGGACAGCAGGCAUCCGUCCCUACCUUUGGCGCUCAACCGGCCGGUCCGCCUGCACCAACGUUUGGGUCGCAACCACAGGGUCAAUGGGCGAGCGGACAGGGUAUGGGCAGUAGCAGCACGUUCAGUAGUCAGUCAGAUCUGGCCCAGGUGACUGGUAGUUUCGGAAACCUUUCAAUUGGCGGUCAGUCAAGAGGGGGGCCGACGUCCGUCAAUUUACUUCAGGGCCCGCCAAACGUGCAAGAGUUUGAUGGUCCUGCACCCACUCCCUGGAUCUCUCCAGAGUCCUCUGUCUCGCAAGCUCCUACUUCGAAUUCAGAUCCUAAGUAUAAGAGGUGUACCAUCAAUGCCAUUCCUCAAACAAUACAGUUGAUGAACAAAUGCAAGAUUCCAUUUGGCUUGUUGGUUACCCCGUACAGGCAUUUGUUGGACGGAGAGGACCCGGUGCCAGUAAUCAAUCCACCGCAGAUUGUUCGUUGUCGGCGCUGCCGGACCUACAUCAAUCCCUGGGUGCAAUUCGUUGAGCAAGGCAGUCGUUGGAAAUGUAAUUUGUGCUUUCUCACCAAUGAAGUACCAUCAUUUUUCGAUUGGGAUCCGGAGACAAGAGGGCAUGUCGAUCGCUUGCAGCGUCCAGAAUUGACACAUGCGGUGGUAGAAUUCAUCGCACCUCAGGAAUAUAUGGUUCGGCCGCCUCAACCGGUAGUGAUGUUGUUUGUGAUAGAUGUGUCGUACGCCGCUGUACAAUCGGGAAUGCUGGCUACAGCGGCAAGAACCAUCCUGGAUACUCUGGACUCGGUGCCAAAUACGGAUAACCGCACCAAAGUGGGCUUCAUAACCGUCGAUAGUGCACUGCAUUUUUAUAAUCUGAGUCCCAACCUUGCCGAACCUCAAAUGCUGGUUGUGUCGGAUUUGGAUGAUACAUUCUUGCCCAUGCCGUAUGAUCUAUUGGUGUCUUUAACGGAAUCGCGAUCGGUGAUCGAAAUGCUAUUACAACGGAUUGGAGACAUGUUCAAAAACACACAAAACGUGGGCAACGUCCUCGGUCGCGCUCUGCAAGCAGCACAUAAGAUGAUUAGUCCAAUUGGUGGAAAGAUUAUCGUUCUUCAAUCUACAUUGCCGAACCAGAAUGAAGGGGCAUUGAAGGCGCGCGAAGACCCCAAACUUUUGGGAACACCAAAGGAGGUUUCACUCUUGCAGCCACAAACAGGUUUCUAUAAGAACCUUGCCGUAUCCUGCUCGCCCACACAAGUAAGCAUCGAUGUGUUCCUUUUCAGUGCGCAGUACGCAGACAUCGCUACCCUAAGCGGAUGCGCCAAGUUCACAGGAGGGUCGGUUUACUACUAUCCUGCCUUCAAUGCCGCUCGGUCCGAGGAUGCUAUGAAGUUUGCACACGAAUUCUCUCACUUCCUAUCACGACCAAUUGGAUUGGAGGCUGUGAUGCGAGUUCGAGCAUCGAAAGGAAUUCGCAUGACGGCAUUCCAUGGAAACUUCUUCCUUCGGUCAACGGACCUCUUGUCAUUACCAAAUGUCAACCCGGAUAACUCGUAUGCUGUGGAAAUGACUCUACAAGAGAACCUAACAACGUCACUGGCAUGCUUUCAAACUGCUUUGUUACACACUAGUAGUAACGGAGAACGGCGAAUCAGGGUCAUCACGUUAGCGGUUCCCGUAACAAAUAACUUGGCUGAUGUGUUUGCCUCCACCGACCAGUUUGCAGUUGCAUCUCUGCUAUCAAAGAAAGCCGUCGAGCGAGCUCUGACGUCGAAAAUCGAGGAUGCGCGAGAAGCUCUGAUGUACAAACUUGAUGACAUUAUGGGCGCUUAUAAAUCGUCCUUCACCACGUCGGGACAAGCUGUGCAGUUGCUCAUGCCAGAUAACCUGAAGCUACUUCCCUUGUUAACGUUGGGAUUGCUGAAGAAUACGGCCUUCCGUUCCACAAGCACGGUACCGAGCGACCUGCGUUCAUACAUUAUGGCAAUGCUGUACGUUCUUCCUCCAGAGAUGUCCAUGGUGCAGAUUCAUCCCAGAUUUUGGGCUUUGCAUGCCCUGGAUCAACAGGCUGGGUUACCUGGUGCGGAUGGGCGAAUUGUGAAACCCCCGUCGCUCAACUUGAGCAGCGAGAAGCUGGAACGACAUGGCCUGUACCUCUUGGAGAACGGAUUCGAGAUUUUCAUUUGGGUAGGACGCGCAGUCGCGCCUGAACUGGUACAAAUGCUUUUCGAUAGGCCAGCAUACGACGCAAUUACUGCUGGAAAGACUACCUUGCCAACAUUGCAAAAUGAUUUCAAUGUACGAGUCAACAACCUUAUCGGCAAAAUACGCGAGGUCCGAAUUCAAAUGAUGACAACCUAUCCACAAUUGUACGUGGUCAAAGAAGAUGGAGAACCAUCUCUUCGUAUGUGGUUCCUAUCGCAGCUGAUUGAAGAUCGCAUCGAUGCAAGUUACUCGUAUCCCCAAUUCUUGGGUGUUUUGCGGGAACGGUUAGGAAAGGUUGGCACUGCAUGAUCGCAAUAGAUUAUAUCUUUACUGCUCCAGAGUCUUUUCAUCGUUUGCCCCGACCAAGCCUAUAAAAGCUUGUAUACUUUGCUUCUCCACAGUGUGCUCGUCGUUGAAGCCAAACCUUGAUGCCAACAAAAAAAAAAAGAAACUCUCAUCAUAGUCGGUAAUGAAUCUGCAUUUGGACAAAUUGCAUCCAGA